AUGUCGAAAGCUGAAGAAACUUACCUUGCACAGAGAGGCAAACUUGUGGAUUACGAACGUUCUCUCUCAGCAAAGCCCGACGAAGCCAGGAAAGCACUGGAAGAGCAGGCUGGUCCCUCCCGUCGCACCGUUCUGCCAAAAAUUAAGUUGCCAGAAUUCUCCGGGAAAUAUGAAGACUGGCCAGCAUUCCGCGACCAUUUUGUAUCCACUAUCGACAGCAACGAACAGCUUCCAACAGUGGAAAAGCUGCAUUAUCUGCGGUCAUGUGUGCAGGGAGAAGCCGCCUCAUUCAUACAAAACUUGCCAGCAACUGAAGCGAGCUACAAAAGAGCCUGGCGUGAGUUAACCGACUUUUAUCAAAACACCCGGCUAUUGACGCGGUCAUAUUUAAGCAAGUUCCUAGCGCUCCAAAAAAUGAAGAGUGAGAGCGCGGCCGACUUGAAGAAAAUUUUUCAUACUACCGUCAACAUUUACGACGCGUUGGAGAAUCUGGAGAGGCCGGUGUCAAGCAACGAGGACUUGUUCGUUCACAUUAUAGUUGAUCUUUUGGGCCAACGCACGAGAGACUUGUGGGACGACCACAUCAGCGAAAGCUUAGAGCCACCCUCGUUUAACCAGCUGAAAACCUUCAUGCAGCGGCGCCUUCAGACUCUCGAUGGACGGUUAGCGGCCAAGGACGCAAGGAUUGACGCAUCAAGCAAGCCUUCCGCGCCAAGCAAGGCUAAGAGUCACGUCGCACAAAAGAAGGAAGCCAAUAAGAAGAAUGCCAAAGAACGAUGCUCCUUUUGCCUCAAGAAUCACUUUCUCAUGUUUUGCGAGAGCUUCAAGGGCAAGGCAGCUAUGGAAAGAAAGGAACACGUUAGCGAAGCCAAACUCUGUAUCAACUGCUUAGGAAAGCAUAAAGUGAGCGAGUGUGUAUCCAAGAAAUCUUGCACAGCGUGCGGUGAGCGUCAUCACACUUUAUUGCACGACGCGUUUCGAGAUGCCAAGAGUGAUACUGGCGACGCUAUAACUUCUCACACCGCGCUGAACCGCGCUGAAAAGCAAGUGAAGAUCUUGCUGGCAACCGCUCGCGUUCGCGUCGCGGAUCGAUUCGGCACUUUACACUCCGCUCGCGCGCUUGUCGAUCAGGGUUCGGAAACGUCCUUCUUAUCCGAGUCACUCGCACAAAAAUUGAGGCUACCGCGUAAACAAACGUCCGUAGCGGUAAUAGGGGUCGGCGGAAUCAAAACCGGGAUCGCACGAGGCCGAGUGACUAUGAAAAUUAUGCCUCACUUCAACAAUUCGGCUUUCACCAUUUCGGCUCUCGUGCUUCCAAAAUUAACUGCUUAUAGUGGCGGCUCUCACGUUACAGCGCGUUCGUGGAGCCACUUAAAACAUCUGGAGUUGGCAGAUCCCGAGUUCCUAGCCGUUGAUCCAAUCGACAUUCUGCUCGGUGCAGAUGUUUUUGCAGCCAUCUUGACGACUGGAGUGCAGAAGGACGGUCCUUUGGAACCUGUGGCACAAAGAACAUCAUUAGGAUGGAUACUAUCUGGAAGUUUGGCAUCAAACGCUGGCGAAAGUUGCAAUCAAGCAAACGUUCACCAGUGCAUAACUACAGAGAAAUUAACAGAGCUAGUCAAACGAUUUUGGGAACAAGAAGAGAUCCCGACAAAACUUUCAGGGCUGACAGAAGAAGAACAAAAGUGCGAAGACUUGUUUGUAAAGACGCAUUUUNGUAAUGUCACAGGUCGUUACGUGGUCCGGCUUCCACUCGCAAAAGAACUCACUGAUCUGUCACCGACGCGAGGCGCAGCUUUACGAUCCUUGACGCAGAUGGAACGAAAAUUCGCGCGAGACGAAAACCUGAGACAACUGUACAUCGAUUUCAUGCAACAAUAUGUGGAGUUAGAGCACAUGUCAGCCAAUGAGCUACCUGAUACUAAAGCAGGAAUGAGGGUGUGUUAUCUCCCACAUCACGGAGUUCUUCGUGAAGCAAGCAUCACAACGAAACUGCGUGUCGUGUUCAAUGGUUCAUGGACGCUUCCCGGUGGUGAGUCUUUAAACACUCAUUUACUAACAGGAGAGAAUCUGUUGCCUCCUCUGACCGACGUUCUGCUACGCUGGCGCGUACACCGGUUCGUUUUAGUAACCGACAUCGAAAAGAUGUAUCGACAGAUUUUGGUGCACCCCGAAGAUAGAGACUUGCAACGAAUUCUGUGGAGAGCCAACCCCGAAGACCGGAUCAUGGAGUAUCAGCUCAACACGGUAACUUAUGGGUUAGCAUGUGCUCCGUUUUUAGCGAUUCGCACAUUGAAGCAGCUGGCAGAUGACGAAGCACACCGGUACUCCAGGGGAGCAGCAGUUCUAAAACGAGAUGUCUAUGUCGACGAUAUUUUAACGGGAGCAAACACCCUUAAGGAAGCCCGAGAGCUGCAAAACCAGCUGAUUUCGCUGUGCAAGGCAGGCGGCUUUACGCUCAAAAAGUGGUCUGCUAACCACACCGACCUCCUGGCCGAGAUACCUGAAGAGGACCGUAUGCCCUUGGUUCCACGAGAGUGGCAGCCGCCAGGGUGCCAUACUACAUUGGGUCUGCUGUGCCACACAACCAAUGACAGCUUCUCCUUUGCAGUGAAGAGCAGCGAAUUAAAGGCAAUAACAAAAAGAACAGUCCUGUCUCAAACAGCACAGCUGUUUGAUCCGCUGGGGUGGCUUGCUCCUGUGGUGAUUAGGGCCAAGAUUCUCAUUCAGUCCGCCUGGCUGAAAGGGCUGGAUUGGGAUGUGCCCAUGACAGACGAAGAUUGCAAAGAAUGGCGAUCGCUUCAAGAAGAACUACAGGCCCUUGAGCACAUUCGAAUUCCUCGUAGGCUAACCGGGGUUCAAGAUCUACCGGGGCUCGAGCUGCAUGGGUUUGCAGACGCAUCGGAACGCGCUUACGCAGCCGUAGUGUACUUGCGGUCCGAAAAAGACGACCAAGAGGCGGCCAUCUCUUUAGUGGCAGCUAAAUCCAAGGUCGCACCUCUAAAACAGGUUUCACUACCACGACUCGAGUUCUGCGCCGCUACCCUUCUCGCACAACUCGUCGCGUACAUCAAAAGAAUUUUGAGUUUACAGGAAGUCGAUACGCAUCUUUGGUUAGAUUCCACUGUGGCGUUAGGAUGGGCUCAAGGUCAUCCCUCCAAAUGGAAGACCUACGUGGCUAAUCGCGUCGCAGAAAUUCAAAGAUUGACGCCAGAUGCGUAUUGGCAUCAUAUACGAGGAUCAGAAAAUCCCGCGGACUGCGCAUCCCGUGGCGUAAGUCCUCGUAACCUCACCAAGCAUAAUUUGUGGUGGCAAGGACCUUCCUGGUUGGCAGCAUCUAAAAAAAAGUGGCCGGCAUCGACGGUAACGACCUCAACGCAAGACCUGCCUGAAACUCGGAAGAUUAUGGCCGGAGUGGCUCAGCAGGAUAACACGGAGUCAGAGCUUUUCUUGCGACACUCGACGUUGACUCGGCUGCUGCGUGUCACAGCGUGGUGCAAACGCUGGACACGCAACGAACCGACGAGCUCAGUCAACAUCCCGGCUCAGCAUCGAGGCAAAACCCCAGCGAGUUUAACCUGCGACGAUCUGGAAGAGGCUCAACGGAUUUGGGUUCGCAAUGUUCAAGCGGAGAAGUACAAAACGGAAGUAACAGCUAUUCGGAAGGGGGAAUCGCUGAAAAGGGGAAGCUCGCUUGUGAGCUUAAACCCGUUCAUUGACGACCAAGGCUUGCUGCGAGUUGGCGGGAGGCUUAAACAUUUUCUGCUUUCAUAUGAAGAAAAAUAUCCCACCAUCUUGCCAGCUUGUCCUCACAUUACAAAACUAAUUAUUGAUUCCUGUCACAGGAGAACACUGCAUGGCGGAGUGCAACAAACCCUGGGUCUUCUUCGACAGCAUUUCUGGAUCCCGCAAGGACGAUCAGCUGUAAAGAGGCACAUUCAUCGAUGCGUUGUGUGCGUGCGAUGGCGGGCGGCCACUCAACAACCAUUAAUGGCAAACUUACCUCAGCACCGAGUAACGCCUGCGAGACCGUUUCAACACACAGGGGUCGAUUAUGCUGGACCAGUCAUGCUGCGAUCAUCAGCGGGACGAGGUCACAAAGCUUACAAGGCCUUCGUGGUCGUGUUCGUGUGUAUGAGUACAAAGGCCGUUCAUCUAGACGUGGCGUCAGAUUAUUCAGCUAACGCCUUCCUAGCGGCUUUUCGUCGCUUCACCUCUCGCAGAGGGUUGUGCCAAGCACUUUACAGUGAUUGUGGCACCAACUUUGUAGGAGCUGAUAAGCAGUUGCGGUCGAUGUUCUCAGCCAGCAGCAAGGAGGCACAGAACAUUGUUAAACAAUUGGCUGCAGACCGCGUACGUUGGCACUUCAACCCGCCAUCUGCUCCUCACUUUGGUGGGCUGUGGGAAGCUGCCGUCCGAUCAAUGAAGCAUCAUCUAAAAAGAGUGCUAGGUAACGCUACGUUAACGUACGAAGAGAUGGCAACGCUCUUAACUCAAGUAGAAGCUUGUCUGAACUCACGGCCGCUGCAGGCGCUCACAGACGAUCCGAACGACAUGACAGCUAUAACACCAGGUCAUUUCCUAAUAGGCACAGCUAUCAACGCCGUCCCGGAGAAGACGCUGCUCGAGACGUCUGCCAGUAGUCUCACACGCUGGCAGCAUCUUCAGCAAAUGCGCGAUCACUUCUGGGAUUGGUGGUCAAAGGAAUACCUGCGAAAUUUCGUCUCACGACCAAAAUGGCAAGUUGGAGGAGUAAAUGUUGAGCCAGGGCGCCUUUGCCUUGUGAUGAGCGAGAACACUCCACCUACCAAAUGGCCAUUAGCACGGGUCAGCAAAGUGCAUCCCGGAAAGGACGGGCAAGUCCGCGUAGUUACCAUCAAGACGGCUACCUCCGAAUUAGUGAGACCAGUAGCUAAGAUCAUAUUGCUACCUAAGGUGUCAGCGGACACCGAACAAAAAGAAGAGACUUUUUGA